AUGGCGAACGACGAGGUGCUAGGGCCGCGGAAGACGAUGUUCGUUUUAGUGAUUGUUGUUGGAUGUUUCGCCGUCCUCUGGCCUAGGAUACUGUCUCCGUUCAUCCUGGGCACCACCUCGGACCACCUCAAACCUAACAAAUUCGACCGGGAGGCAGGCUGCUGUGAAGUGAUAUUUGAGACGGAGGUGGCCAUACUAGAAUUAGUUAAUGAAGUCUGCAACCCAGUUCUCGGAGAUAGGAUACAAUCAGCAGCAGAAUGCCUUAAAGCUGUCAAUGAUACAUGCGGACUUGAUAUAGCAGCAUUUGUCAAACGUAGCGACAAUGUCGGCAAAACAACCAAGAUGCUAGUGGAAAACUUGAAGAAUAGCAACAGUUCUUGUCUGAGGACAAACUUUGGUGUACCGGUGUACAGUCUGAGUACACAUUUUGCUGUGAACUCAUGGCAAGAGAAAGAAACUGUGAAACAGGAACGGCCACCUAUAAGAGUUGGAGCUCACCCGGCGAUGCGUGAGCGGGGUAGGGCCAUACCCCCCACACCGCCGGGGACACCACCGAAGCCCGUGGCUCUUCCCCCACAUGUCCGGGUACGAUCACUCUCUCCCCUAUCAGUGUACUACGAUCUGGACAUUAAGCCACCUCCAAUCCCGGGUAUGCGGCCACCGCUGGGUUCUCCCGGCGGCCCCGUGCCAGCUCCCAAGUCAUCCAUGGGAUUCGUGAUGCCCAUCUACACUAUAUGCAUCAUAGUUUUCUUCGUAUACACCCUCAGUAAGAUUCUGUUCAAACGUGCGGCCACCCCAUACGACCCAGUACCUCCGGACCCUCAAUUCCGUCGACGCGUGUUCAGAGACGACUCGAGGACAACACCGGAUAAAUUAGGGGACGCUGAGCUGGCUGCGCUGAGGGCCCGUCUCGCGGAGACUGAGCGCGCCAUGCAACGCAUCGUGGGCCAACUAGCGCAGCGGAACGCGGUACCGAUGCAUUGCGGUUCGAUAUCCUUUGGAGAUAAGUGGGAAGCGCUGGAUAGUACUCGUCAAUAUACAAACGGUACAAUUCUUCAUAAUAGUGGACCAGUCCAUAUAGUUACGAGUGAAUAUCGAGAAGCGAAAGAAAACACCCCUGAACUACAAAAAGAUAAAGAAGUAACUCCAGAACCAGAAACAAAAGAAACAAGUCCUGUAACACAAGAUAGUUCCCCACAAGGAAAAUCUUCUUUGGAAGAAAAUAUUAAAGAGGAAGAAAAAUUAGAUCUGGUAACCUCAGAAGAAAAAUCAGAUUUGGUGACCUCAGAAGAAAAAUCAGAAGAUUUGCCAAAAGAUGAAAAAGUUACGACACAAGAAAACGCAGAACUUGAUAAAGAAACGCCAGUAAUUGAAAAAGAUGCCGAAGAAAAGGAAAAAUUGUCUGAAGAAGUAAACGAAAUUUUGGCUCAAAGUGAAGUAGAGAGUUUGCCUCAAGAUGACUCAAAAUUAACGGAAGAAAAUGAAUUAGGUACAACGAAUACUCCAAACAAAGCCUCUAAGGACUUCCUAAAUGAAGAGCGAAAAGAAUUAAUAGAGGAGACGGAAUCAACACAGAAACUUCUAGAAGAAGCUAUUGACGAGGAUCCUGUUGAGAAUAAAGAAAUUACGGACAAAGAAAAUCAAGUAGUUAAGGUGGUAGGUAUGGAGACGACGGCUCACCACGCUGAUGGUGGCGCCUGGAGGGUCGAGCCGCCGAGGGUGGUACCACCCCAACGACCGCACGAGUCUGAACCGGUGCAAUCAAUCUUCCUGGAAACGGAGAUACCUCAACAGUCUCGCGUCCUCAUCAGCGACUUCGAAGACAGAUCACAACCCAGCAAAGAUGCAUCCUUGGUGGUGAGCGGAAAGAUCACUUUGUCUUUGAUCCAAGACGCUCCGAGGGACACACCCGACAGGGAUUUAGAAUCUCAAGAUGAUUUUACGACGGCCAGUGCGGCGACACAUCACGCUGAGAAAGAAGACGAGGUGUCGGACGAAGAGAUAGAAGAAGAAAUAGAAAUUGAAGAAAUAGAGGAAGAAGUAGAAGAAGAAGAGGAAGAAGAAGAAGAAAAACCAAUUAAGACAAAUUCUAAAUGA